GCGUUGCCUUGCGCCGCGCUGCGCUGCGCCGCGCUGCGCUGGGCUGGGCCGAGGCGGGCCGGACGGCGCCGCCCGGGGCGCGCCGUGCCCUUUGACCGGCGGCGCUCCCGGGGCGGGGGUAUAAAUGGGGCGCGGCGGCCUCGCGGCUGUCUCUGUCUCUCGGCUCCUGCCCCUCGGCUCAGCGCUCCGCGGCCUCCCACCCCCCCCCCCCCCUAAAAAAAAAAACCCUAAAAAAAUAAGCCCUGCAAGUGAAAGCCGAAGAACGGACGCGGACGCGCGGGGAGACCGCUACCGAAGGACUCGGGGAUUGGCUUGAGAGCUCCGGCGCCCAGAGAGGAGACCUUUGCCCCGCUCCGCCCACCCGCCCGCGUGUCCAGUCCCCGCGUGUGGCUUCCGACCGUCCGCGCUCGGGUACCGCGUGUCCGGCCCCCACCCCCGCGUGUCUCCGCUGCUCUCCUGUCCGUCCGCGCCCGGCCCCCACGUGUGCAUCCCCCGCGCGUUCCUCCUCGGUUCCGGCCGGGCCCCCACGUGGCCGGCCCCCGGCUUUCCUCCUCCGUCCCCGGCCCCCACGUGUCCUUGAGCCGUGUGCCGGCUCCCUCCCUCCGCGCUUUCCCCACGUUCGCGGGCCGCCGCGCUCCCACGUGGCUUCUCCCCCGCGUGCCGCCGCCGCGGCUGCUGCUCCCGGCCCGGCCUCCGCUCCCCUCCCCGCGGGGAAGGCGACAGCUGCCACCGCCCGCCUGCGGGGCGUUCUCAGAUCGCGGCGUGUCCCCCCAAGCCGGCCGGCUCGUCCUCGUAGAGAAGGGCCUCGUCCGGCGGCGUCGGGAUCGGGCAGAGCCGCCGGGGAGGCAGCGCCGCGGGCUCCGGCCCCAUCUUGUGCUGCUCCGGGCCGGCCGCGCUCCGUGACAUGCGCCUGUGACCCCCCCCCACCCCCACCCCGGCACGGCGUCCGCACGUUUCUCGGAGGCUCUCGGCUCCCGUUCGUCUCGUCUCUCGUCCGGCGCUGAAUCUUGGCCUCGGCCGGAAUUGUGAAAGUCCCGUCUCUUUUUCUCCUUGGCUGGGUCCCAGAAAGAGUUCCUCCUGGCGGGGCUCGGGGUGUUGGGGGGCGGGGAGAUGAACACUGCGGCCAGCAGUUACCCCAUGGCCUCCCUGUACGUGGGGGACCUGCACUCGGAUGUCACCGAAGCCAUGCUGUACGAGAAGUUCAGCCCCGCCGGCCCCGUGCUGUCCAUCCGGGUGUGCAGGGACAUGAUCACCCGGCGCUCGCUGGGCUAUGCCUACGUCAACUUCCAGCAGCCGGCGGACGCUGAACGUGCGCUGGAUACCAUGAACUUUGAUGUAAUUAAAGGCAAACCCAUCCGGAUCAUGUGGUCUCAGCGGGAUCCCUCAUUGAGGAAAUCAGGAGUUGGGAAUGUUUUCAUUAAAAACCUGGAUAAAUCCAUAGACAACAAGGCACUUUAUGACACCUUUUCUGCAUUUGGAAACAUCUUGUCCUGCAAGGUGGUGUGUGAUGAGAAUGGUUCUAAAGGCUACGCAUUUGUGCACUUUGAGACCCAGGAUGCUGCAGAUAGGGCCAUCGAGAAGAUGAACGGCAUGCUUCUCAACGACCGCAAAGUGUUUGUUGGUAGAUUCAAGUCAAGGAAAGAACGGGAAGCAGAACUGGGCGCCAAAGCUAAGGAAUUCACCAACGUUUACAUCAAAAACUUCGGAGAUGACAUGGACGAUGAAAGGUUGAAGGAACUUUUCAGUAAAUACGGUAAAACUCUGAGUGUAAAAGUGAUGACUGACUCUAGUGGGAAAUCCAAAGGCUUUGGCUUUGUGAGUUUUGAGAAACAUGAGGAUGCCAAUAAGGCAGUUGAAGAAAUGAAUGGAAAAGACAUCAAUGGGAAAAUGGUAUUUGUAGGCCGAGCACAGAAAAAAGUUGAACGCCAGGCUGAAUUAAAAAGGAAAUUUGAACAGCUAAAACAGGAGAGAAUUAGCCGCUACCAGGGAGUAAAUCUCUAUAUUAAGAACCUGGAUGACACCAUUGACGAUGAAAAAUUAAGGAAGGAAUUUUCUCCUUUUGGAUCAAUUACCAGUGCUAAGGUGAUGCUUGAGGAUGGGCGAAGUAAAGGGUUUGGCUUUGUCUGCUUCUCUUCACCUGAUGAGGCUACGAAAGCAGUGACAGAAAUGAAUGGGCGCAUCGUGGGCUCCAAGCCCUUGUAUGUUGCACUUGCGCAAAGGAAAGAAGAGAGGAAAGCCCACUUGACCAAUCAGUAUAUGCAGCGUAUCGCAGGAAUGAGAGCCCUCCCUGCCAACACGAUCAUUAACCAGUUUCAGCCAACUCCUGGGGGGUACUUCAUGCCAGCAGUGCCCCAGGCUCAGAAUAGACCUCCAUAUUAUGCUCCCAAUCAAAUAGCGCAGAUGAGACCUAAUCCACGAUGGCAACAAGGUGGAAGACCUCAAGGCUUCCAAGGAGUGCCAAGCACCAUUCGCCAGUCUGGGCCACGCCCAACUCUUCGCCACCUGACUCCAGCCAGUAAUGCCCAGGCUUCUCGAGGUCUUCCUACUACACCUCAGCGAGUGGGGGUGCCUACUGCUGUGCAAAAUUUAUCUCCUAGACCCUCCGUAGCUACCCCUGCACCUAGAGCUGUUCCUCCUUACAAAUAUGCUGCAAAUGUCCGAAGCCCCCAUCCAGCUAUCCAGCCUUUGCAGACACCUCAGCCAGCAGUCCAUGUGCAAGGCCAGGAGCCCCUGACAGCUUCCAUGCUGGCCGCUGCUCCUCCCCAGGAACAGAAGCAGAUGCUGGGUGAGCGUUUGUUCCCGUUGAUUCAAACCAUGCACAAUAAUUUAGCAGGGAAGAUUACAGGUAUGCUGCUAGAGAUUGAUAAUUCAGAACUGCUGCACAUGCUGGAGUCUCCAGAGUCCCUCCGGUCAAAGGUGGAGGAAGCCGUAGCAGUAUUACAAGCUCAUCAUGCCAAGAAGGAAGCUGCUCAGAAGGUGGCUGUGGUUGCUGCUACCUCUUAGACCAGAAAAACUGGAUACUCUGAAGUUAAAUAGCCCCUUCAUUAGAUGUUCAUUCACUCAACAUGUGGAGACUUCAUGGUACUGCAGACUGAACAAUAGAUGGCAGAAGAAACUGCUGCCAUUCUGGAUGUUUUUUCUUUGGGAAAAAUCAAUUUGAAAGGUCAAUUCUUAAAAACCUAAGCUGUUUUUCAGUGGUCAAAAUUUGCAGGUUUCUUGUGUGUUGCCUGGACCCUGUUAACCUUUAAUUUAAUUUUAUUUAAUUUUUCUCUUCUAAAAAAAAGCUUUUCUGACAGUAUUUUUGUUUUGGUUUUAUCGGGAAUUGGUUUUAUUUGAAGUAUCCAAUUUACAGUCUGGAAAAGUGUUUCUCAAUAAAGAAGUAAAACCUU